AUGCCUUGCAAACCUGCUAUCGCGUCCAUGUCCGUGGGCCGUGCCUGGGUCCAUUCUCUCCCCGAGAAGCUCUCCCAGAUCGCCCAGGCCGGCUUCAAAGGGGUGGAAAUCUUCUACGAAGACCUAGAAUACCUCGCCAAAGAAAAGGGAGAACCGACAGAAGAGAAUCUCCUAAUUGCCGCCCGAGAAACCAAGGAUAUUUGUGACCGACACGGCCUCGAAGUGAUUGGAUUGCAGCCGUUCCUGUUCUACGAAGGCCUGCUAGAUCGAGACGUCCACCAACAAAAGAUCGCCAAACUUCAUACCUGGUUCAAGAUCAUCAAGAUUCUCGGUACCGACAUCAUCCAGAUCCCGUCGAACUUUCAGCCCGAUGGCAUCUCAGGAGAUCUUGAUCUCAUUGUCUCCGACAUGAUCGAGGUGGCCGAUCUGGGCCUGCAGCAAGAGCCCCCAGUUCGCUUCGCAUACGAGAGUCUCGCCUGGGGAACAUAUGUCUCAACCUGGGACACCAUGUGGGAAAUCAUCCAACGGGUCGAUCGCCCGAAUUUUGGAUGCUGUCUGGAUACCUUCAACAUCGCCGGUCGGGUGUGGGCCGAUCCCGCCAGUCCCUCGGGGACGGUCCCUGAUGCUGAUGCAUUGCUAGCCCAGUCGUUGGAUCGCCUUGUGAAGACAAUCGACGUGAAUAAGGUCUUUUAUGUUCAGGUUGUUGAUGCAGAAAAGAUGGAGCAGCCAUUGGUCCCCGGCCAUCCGUUCCACGUCGACGGCCAGCCGGCACGCAUGAACUGGAGCCGCAACGCGAGAUUGUUCCUGUAUGAACAGGAAAAGGGCGGGUAUCUCCCGGUAUUCGAGGUAGCUCGGGUAAUCCUGAAGGAGCUUGGAUUCGAAGGAUGGGUGUCGAUGGAACUGUUCUCCAGAACCAUGGCGGAUCCGGAUCCGACCGUGCCGCAGAGCCAUUCCCAGCGAGGCAUCCGGGCCUGGCAACAGUUGGCCAAGGAGUUAGAUCUAUGA